GGACAUGGCCAUGGUUUUAACUCCUAUCUCCUACCAUUGCCAAUUGUGACUAUCUGGGCUAUUCCUUCCCAGCUAGAGGAAGGAGAAAGAUCAAAGCUCAUAACUGUAAAUCCAAGUCCAAGAAAAGAAGGUAUUGGAGCUGUUGGAUCGCCCAGAAAAGGAGAAAUGCAAGGCUUGUUUUCUGGCGGCGCCGAAGAGCAACCCAAGGCUGGAUCGUCUCUGUUGGCAGAAUGGAACUCCUACGCUGCAUCAAGAGACGUAGAAGAGGGGGGCACGGGCACGGGCACGGGUGCAUUUGGGUUCGAUAUUGAGUCUGCAGUGCGAUCUGCCAAUGAUACUGUCACUGGCACCUUCAAUGUGGUUUCAAAAGGAGUGAGAGAUAUACCUGGGAACCUGCAGUCUGCCACCAGUAAUGUUCCUUCAGGGAGAGCACUUCUGUAUUUUGGUUUAUUUCUUGCAACUGGGUUCUUCUUUGUUUUCAUUGCUUUUACCCUGUUUCUCCCAGUCAUGGUGUUAAUGCCUCAGAAAUUUGCCAUCUGCUUUACCCUUGGAUGUGGCCUUAUCAUUGCAUCAUUCUUUGCUCUCCGAGGUCCAAAGAAUCAGCUUGCCCACAUGUCAUCAAAAGAGAGGCUUCCUUUCACAUUGGGAUUCAUUGGGAGUAUGGUGGGUACAAUAUAUGUUUCCAUGGUGCUUCAUAGCUACAUUUUCUCUGUGCUAUUUUCUGUUUUACAGGUUCUUGCCCUUGCAUACUAUGCUAUUUCUUAUUUCCCUGGUGGAUCUGCUGGGCUGAAAUUUCUCUCUUCUGCUCUUAUCUCUUCAGUCAUGAGGUGUUUCGGGAGGUGAUUAAAUGCAUGCUGGUUACCGCUGUUGACUUGUAUAUCUAUACAAUGGAAGUUGAAACUUGAAACGUGAAAUGUACGUUUAGUGUCCAAAAGGUUUUCCAGAAUGAAUGAGCAACAAAUUUUGGAUAAAUUGAGACCAAAUGUUUUCACGGCAUGUGUUGUUUUCCACCGCUGUAAAUUGUAAUCAUUUGUUCCUCCAAAGAUGAAGUGUGAAAGAUUGUGCUGUGCAUUCAUCAUUAAUGUCCACAUGGUUCAUCAAAAUGUUAAUGGACUAUAAACUGGUGCAUUUGAG